AUGUCAGAUAUAAUUGUAUCAUUUACAAGUUGUUCUGGUCGUUUUCGACAUGAACUACCACUAACAAUUCAUUCGCUGUUAUCACAGACAAUAUUACCAAAAGAAAUUCGAUUAUAUUUAUCCACUAGUGAUCGUAAUUUAACAAAUAAAUCAAUUAUAAAACAGGAUCUUAUAAAUAUCGACCAUUCGAUGGUCAUUUCAGAACUUUAUAAUAAACUUGUUCAUAUUUAUUUUGUACCCGAUCGUGGUCCAGCAACUAAAUUUAUGUCGAUUUUAGAAGAAUAUGACAAAAGCAACAGAUCUUCUUCCACCCAACUCAUAUUCGUAUGUGAUGACGAUCAUUAUUAUCAACCACAUAUGUUAGCAACAUUGUUAUUCUACAAUCGAUUAUUUAAAAAUGAUACUAUCGGAUUUCGUGGAUGGAGAAUUCGUGACGAUUUGAUAUGGGGUGUUAUCGGGAAACCGGAAGGGUAUUAUCACAUUAUUGAUUCUAGUAACAUUUUGCAACCAUAUCGAGUCGGUAUUGUAACAGCAAAUUGGGGCUAUUUAAUUCAGCCAAAAUUUUUUGAUAAGCACAUCUACUCGGAUUAUAAUAACUUGACAGAACGUAUUUCAUUAGUUGAUGAUAUAUGGAUAAAUGCUCAUUUGGCUAGACGACAUAUUGCACGUUAUGUUGUUCCAUCAUGUUGUUAUCAUUUAAGCAUAACAAAACUACGUGUACUCGACACAAAACUAUCUAAUAAACAAUUAUCUCGUGCACAGGCGAAUAAUAAUGCAUUAAAAUAUUUUAGGCAGUAUUGGGAAAAAAAUUUGUAUUAUAAAUUUGACGGCAUUAAUCAUCCAGUUUAUGCUCAAUGGUACAAACAAGUAUAUAAAACUAUAAUUUUUAAAGAAAAUUCGGUAAAAAAAAUACCCGAAUUAACGGAAGAUUGGCCAGGACAUGCAGGUUUCACAGUCAAUGCAAUGAAAUAUUAUUCUCGCGCAAAAAAUAAUUUAUUUAUGCAGUCAAGUGAAGAGUUUGUGGCUAAACUAGAAGCGAAAUUAGAACGUAUACGUGGAACGAAGACAAAUAAUAAAAAUCUAUCUGGUAAACAAUUUGUUGAAGAAUUAAAAGCAAAAAGAGAAGAUAUAAAUCGACAUUUUUUAACAUCCGAUCGUGAAGAAGAUCAUCAAUUAGAUCCGAUUGUGGACGAACCGGCGGUGUGGAAUAAAAUUGAACCCGAACAACCGUGUACAACCGAAGAACUGUUAAAUCUCGUUGAAAACGAUUAUCUUGAUAGUAAAGCAAAGAACGAUAUUGAAGAAGAAAAUAAAACAAUAGCAAUAGAGAAACAACAUCCUGAAAGCAUGGAUGAGCAUCAAAGUGGAAAUGAUACAAAUUUUAUCAAAGAACGUAUUAGAGAUAUAUUAAAACGGCAACGAGAAGAAUAUGAUGAUGAUGAUGAUAAUGAAAACAAAGAAGGAAAUGAUAGUGAUGACCCAGAAUUAGAUGAAUUAUUUAGUCACGUUUUUCCAUCUGCAACAUCCGAUGAAUAUCGUGAGAGUUUAGCUAAUGAAGAGGAAGAUGAUCACAUAUCUGAUGAAGAAAGCGACGAUAGAGAAAAUAAUUACGAUAAUGACGAGUCAGAACAAAAUGAGUCGUUGUAUGAUGAGCUUUUACACAAUAAUAAUGAAAAUAUUGACCAUUUGUGGAACUGUUUAACGAAUGAUGAAAAGGCAGAGUUUGAUAAAAUGAUUAAUGAUGGUCGAAUAUCAUGUUUGUUAAAUGAUUAUAAACCAUGGAAACCAUGGUGGUUAUACCGUUGUCCUUUACUCACAGAUAUAUCAUCUACUAUAAACAAUGCAUCUGAUUCUGUAUCUGAUGAAAUUCCAAAUCGUACUCCGCUCAUUAUUGAAUCAAUAAUUCCACUACCGUCGCUCACUUCUAUAUUACCGCACGUGCACGUUCGAUUUGAUCUAUUUGAAAUUCUAUUUUCUUAUGUAUUUAUAUGCGUCAGAUAUCGUGGUGAUCACCAGUCAUAUUCAAACGAUGCUGGAAGUGAAUUUUUCUAUUUGGCUUCAAGACACCUUAAUACAUCACAUCAGCAACAAAGUGCUAUCAGUGGUGAGACAACGUCAGUAUUAAAUGAACGUAUUACACUAUUACGUCAACAUUUGAAUCACAUGCCGCCAAUGUGUCGAAUAUCACAAAAGUUUUUCAUUGAUUUAUUAAAGGAUAUAAUAGCUAUUCUACAUGGGCCGUAUAAAAAGCAAUCAUCAGCUUAUGUUACAAGUGCACUAUCAGAUAUUAAACGGUUUUUAACCAAACUAAUUGAAGAUCAACGAAAACCGACUCCAGCAGCAACAACAAUAGAUGAGGUCGAACAAGAUGAAUCAGAAAAAAGUAAAAGAUUAUCAAUAUCUAAUGUGUUUCAUAUGCAUAAAAAGAAUGAUCAAACAAAACAAUCAAAUAAAACGCGCACGGCAGGUUUCCCAAAACGUGAUACAAAAUUAAAUGAUAAUAAUCGAACAUCAAUAAUACGUCCAAAAAUUGAAAAAAGAGCAAUCCCAACAACAAAUGCAAUAACAAAAGAUAAAAACAAAUCAUGUAUAGUCACUGAUCGUAAAACAUUAAUGUUACUAUCAAAGAAAAUUGAUUAUUUACUUAGUUGGUCAGUUACUCAUACAGAUCGCAUUAAACUGUUAGAAUUUGAAAUGAAGCAAAUUGAAGAAGAAUUACGUUGCGAUUUUGAAGAUUAUCAAUCAGAAAAACGACGUAUAGAAAAAAAUUUAGAAAAUAUAAGACUAAAAACAGCAAAACAAGCAAAUUUAAUCGAAGAACUGUAA